AUGUAUAGGAGCUCUCUUUUGGCCGGUGUGCUGCUGGCACAUUCUGUUUUGGCACAGAAUAUGCUUCGAUUUGCUUGCUCUCAACUCACAGUUGAAAGGGCCGAUCCUUUAGUCGUAAGUUUUCGACCUACUCCAAUGUUCUUGCAGUAUACUAACUUCUAGCCUCUUAGACACCUGGCAUGAAUCCAGCACCACACACCCAUCAAAUCAUCGGCGGAAAUGCGUUCAACCUUACAGUGCGCAACAAUUCUCCUCACUUCGAGAUCACAACUAAAUAUAUUCCCAGAUGGAGCCCGCAGUCUAUGACCCCGCCGCCAAAUCAACUUGCACAACCUGCACCUACUCAGAAGACUUCAGCAACUACUGGACAGCAUCACUAUACUUCCGCUCCCCCGAGAACGGAACAUUCCAACGGGUUCCCCAAUUCGCCAACGUGGGGCUGCAACAAGAUGGUGGAAUGACAGUCUACUACAUGCCCUACAGUGCCAAAAACGGCAAAAUGACAGCCUUCAAACCGGGCUUUCGAAUGAUUGCCGGAGAUCCAAUGACGAAGACAAAAAACCGAGCUUCAAUCUGCCAUCGCUGUCUUGGAAACGGGGAAGGGUUUGCCCCUUGUGAUGCGAAGGAUACUGGGGAAUUGCCUAACAAGUACUGUCCCAAGGGUAUCAGAGCUACAAUUAUCUUCCCGAGUUGUUGGGAUGGGAAGAACUUGGACAGUCCGGAUCAUAAGAGCCAUGUUGCUUAUUCAAAUUCCGGAGGAUUGGGGAGCACAAAUUGUCCGUCUACGCAUCCUGUUGCGAUCCCGCAGGUGAUGUAUGAGAUUAUGUGGGAUACGGGGAGGUAUAAGAAUGAUGCUUGGUACGGGAGCGGGAAGCAGCCUUUUGUUUACAGUUUUGGCGAUGCGUAAGUCCCUACUCUGUAGAAAUUGUGCGUGUGCCAUUGAUCAUUCUAAUCAUGAAAUCAUAGGACCGGAUUCGGUCAGCAUGGCGAUUAUCUAUUUGGUUGGAAGGGGGAUGCUUUGCAAAAAGCGAUGGAUGCCCUUCCAAGUGGGAAGUGUGCCAAUGCUAACUGCAGCGUUCUCAAGAUUCAAUCUGCUCAAGACUCUAUGAAGUGUAAGAAAGACCAACAAGUCGUCGAAGAUGUUGGAAAGAGUGGACAAUGGAUCAAGCAGCUUCCAGGUGGAGUUGCAGUCACGAAUUAA